CUUACGUAAAGUUGAAAGUCUGAUAAUUGUUUAAUCUAAGCUUAAUGCAAAUAUUUAGCACAUCUGUUUUGAAUUCUUUGCCAAACUGUGAACUGUUAUGGGAUCACAAUUUGCGGCGUCAAGUAUCUAAUAUAUCAUUAUUUUCGGCACAGAACAAUGCGAGAACCAAAUGUUUUUGAGCAAUAUCAUAUUUGCCUAACUGCACAAAAGCAUCUAGGCAAAUAUCUAAAUUAUUAUUUAGAAAACACAUUUGGCUAACACUUGGUAAGGUAUAAAAGGAGCUAAAUCUGUCAAUUUCGCCAACAGUUAAAGUGGAGGUCUAGCUAUUGGUAGAUCAUGCGGUUAUAUUCUAUCGCUCUUUUGGGCGUAUUCGUGGCACUCGUUGCCGGUGCUCAUAUCCAUGACGGAACAGAAGUGAGCUCAUCUCAGGAGCUACAGCCCCAAACGGCAACUCGUACCGGUCCGUGUUGUGAAAGUGUUCGACAAACUCUUCUUGAGAUACGAAAGGAUAUUCGUUUGUGGCUCUUAGAUCGUCUUUUCGGCAAAUUAAUACUUGUUCACGACGCUGAAAUUGCCGGAGCUGCUCCUUGUGCUAAAAAUCACCAAACCUCCGGCCAAAGUAGUGGAUCUUUGCAAUUUGAUAAAAUUCUUAACGAUAUUAAAAGGGCAAUGCCUCACAAUGACAGAACUUCCAGUCGGUUUGAUAAUCUGAUUAGUCGUGGAAAGAAUAAUCAAUCGAGCUCAACAACAUCAGCGACCACCUCAAUAAAAACUGAAUCCUCCGAGUCAUCGGGAUCUCAUUCUGGAAAUUUCAUUGGUAAUGGCAAUACCCACCAAUCAAGAACCACUACGACAACAAGAUCUGAUCAGGCUACACAAUCUGGAUCAUCAGAAGAUCCAAUUAUAAAUGAAAAUAACCACUCCAAACAAUCCAACUCAACAACUACUAUUACAACUUCAGAAGAAUCGAAGCAGUCUAUUCCAUCCUUGGAUCUUAAUGUAAAUGAAGGUUUUAGCUCGGACGAUCAAAAUAGUCAAUCUAGCUCUUCCUCAUCAACUACAACGGUUGUUAAAUCCAGUCGCCGUAAUAAGAGUGGUCGCAGGAAAAAUUCAAAACAUGGCAAAAAAGGGUGGAAAAAUUGGCACCGUUCCUCUACUAAGAGAGAUGGGUAUUCAAAAGAAAUUGAUUCCAAACAAAAUCCCAAUCAAUCCGAUGUAGAUAUUGAAAAUACAGAUUCCAAUUCCUAUUUAACAUGGGAAAAAGAACAUGUCAAAUAUGGUAAUAAACUUAAAUUUCCAUCGUCUGAAAAACACGCUAAUUAUAGAAAUGGGCGUCGAAGCAGAAAUAAAAAAUGGUCCAAGACAACAAAAACUACAAAAAAUUCAGGAUGGAAAAAAAACAAAUCCAAAUCUGGCUCAACUUCUGGUACAACAUCCAUAACAAAGUCUGAAAGACCUAAUAAUACCGGAAAUCAGUCUGGCUCGACAACAACUACAACGACAACCACCUCUGAAGAAUCCAAUGCUUCCUCGGAUCCUGUUGUGCAUGUAACUUCAAACACCGGAAACCAAUCUGGCUCGACAACAACUUCGACGACAACCACCUCUGAAGAAUCCAAUGCUUCCUCAGACCCAGUUGUUGAAGAAUCUUCAAAUACCGCCGUUGAUUCAGGUAACCAGUCUGGCUCGACAACAACCACAACGACAACCACCUCUGAAGAAUCCAAUGCUUCCUCAGACCCAGUUGUUGAAGAAUCUUCAAAUACCGCCGUUGAUUCAGGUAACCAGUCUGGCCCGACAACUACUACCACGACUACCACCUCUGAAGAAUCCAAUGCUUCCUCGGAUCCUGUUGUGGAUGUAACUUCAAACACCGGAAACCAGUCUGGCUCGACAACUACUUCCACAACAACCACCUCCAAAGAAUCUAAUGCUUCCUCAGACCCAGUUGUUGAAGAAUCUUCAAAUACCGCCGUUGAUUCAGGUAACCAGUCUGGCUCGACAACUACUACCACGACUACCACCUCUGAAGAAUCCAAUGCUUCCUCGGAUCCUGUUGUGGAUGUAACUUCAAACACCGGAAACCAGUCUGGCUCGACAACAACCACAACGACAACCACCUCUGAAGAAUCCAAUGCUUCCUCGGAUCCUGUUGUGGAUGUAACUUCAAACACAGGAAACCAGUCUGGCUCGACAACUACUACCACAACAAUAACUUCCGAAGAAUCUAAUGCUUCCUCAGACCCAGUUGUUGAAGAAUCUUCAAAUACCGCCGUUGAUUCAGGUAACCAGUCUGGCUCGACAACUACUACCACGACAACCACCUCUGACGAAUCCAAUGCUUCUUCGGAUCCUGUUGUGGAUGUAACUUCAAACACCGGAAACCAGUCUGGCUCGACAACAACCACAACGACAACCACCUCUGAAGAAUCCAAUGCUUCCUCGGAUCCUGUUGUGGAUGUAACUUCAAACACCGGAAACCAGUCUGGUAACCAGUCUGGCUCGACAACAACCACAACGACAACCACCUCUGAAGAAUCCAAUGCUUCCUCGGAUCCUGUUGUGGAUGUAACUUCAAACACAGGAAACCACUCUGGCUCGACAACUACUACCACAACAAUAACUUCCGAAGAAUCUAAUGCUUCCUCAGACCCAGUUGUUGAAGAAUCUUCAAAUACCGCCGUUGAUUCAGGUAACCAGUCUGGCUCGACAACAACCACAACGACAACCACCUCUGAAGAAUCCAAUGCUUCCUCGGAUCCUGUUGUGGAUGUAACUUCAAACACAGGAAACCAGUCUGGCUCGACAACUACUACCACAACAAUAACUUCCGAAGAAUCUAAUGCUUCCUCAGACCCAGUUGUUGAAGAAUCUUCAAAUACCGCCGUUGAUUCAGGUAACCAGUCUGGCUCGACAACUACUACCACGACAACCACCUCUGACGAAUCCAAUGCUUCUUCGGAUCCUGUUGUGGAUGUAACUUCAAACACCGGAAACCAGUCUGGCUCGACAACAACCACAACGACAACCACCUCUGAAGAAUCCAAUGCUUCCUCGGAUCCUGUUGUGGAUGUAACUUCAAACACCGGAAACCAGUCUGGCUCGACAACAACUUCGACGACAACCACCUCCGAAGAAUCCAAUGCUUCACCAGACCCAGUUGUUGAAGAAUCUUCAAAUACCGCCGUUGAUUCAGGUAACCAGUCUGGCUCGACAACAACCACAACGACAACCACCUCUGAAGAAUCCAAUGCUUCCUCGGAUCCUGUUGUGGAUGUAACUUCAAACACAGGAAACCAGUCUGGCUCGACAACUACUACCACAACAAUAACUUCCGAAGAAUCUAAUGCUUCCUCAGACCCAGUUGUUGAAGAAUCUUCAAAUACCGCCGUUGAUUCAGGUAACCAGUCUGGCUCGACAACAACCACAACGACAACCACCUCUGAAGAAUCCAAUACUUCCUCGAAUCCUGUUGUGGAUGUAACUUCAAACACCGGAAACCAGUCUGGCUCGACAACAACUUCGACGACAACCACCUCUGAAGAAUCCAAUGCUUCCUCAGACCCAGUCGUUGAAAAAUCUUCAAAUACCGCCGUUGAUUCAGGUAACCAGUCUGGCUCGACAACUACUACCACGACAACCACCUCUGACGAAUCCAAUGCUUCUUCGGAUCCUGUUGUGGAUGUAACUUCAAACACCGGAAACCAGUCUGGCUCUACAACAACCACAACGACAACCACCUCUGAAGAAUCCAAUGCUUCCUCAGACCCAGUUGUUGAAGAAUCUUCAAAUACCGCCGUUGAUUCAGGUAACCAGUCUGGCUCGACAACUACUACCACAUCUGACGAAUCCAAUGCUUCCUCGGAUCCUGUUGUGGAUGUAACUUCAAACACAGGAAACCAGUCUGGCUCCACAACUACUUCCACAACAACCACCUCCGAAGAAUCUAAUGCCUCCUCAGACCCAGUUGUUGAAGAAUCUUCAAAUACCGCCGUUGAUUCAGGUAACCAGUCUGGCUCGACAACAACCACAACGACAACCACCUCUGAAGAAUCCAAUGCUUCCUCGGAUCCUGUUGUGGAUGUAACUUCCAACACCGGAAACCAGUCUGGCUCGACAACAACUUCGACGACAACCACCUCCGAAGAAUCCAAUGCUUCAUCAGACCCUGUUGUUGAAGAAUCUUCAAAUACCGCCGUUGAUUCAAGUAACCAGUCUGGCUCGACAACAACCACAACGACAACCACCUCUGAAGAAUCCAAUGCUUCCACGGAUCCUGUUGUGGAUGUAACUUCAAACACAGGAAACCAGUCUGGCUCGACAACUACUUCCACAACAACCACCUCCGAAGAAUCUAAUGCUUCCUCAGACCCAGUUGUUGAAGAAUCUUCAAAUACCGCCGUUGAUUCAGGUAACCAGUCUGUCUCGACAACAACCACAACGACAACCACCUCUGAAGAAUCCAAUGCUUCCUCGGAUCCUGUUGUGGAUGUAACUUCAAACACAGGAAACCAGUCUGGCUCGACAACAACUUCGACGACAACCACCUCCGAAGAAUCCAAUGCUUCAUCAGACCCAAUUGUUGAAGAAUCUUCAAAUACCGCCGUUGAUUCAGGUAACCAGUCUGGCUCGACAACUACUACCACGACAACCACCUCUGAAGAAUUCAAUGCUUCCUCGGAUCCUGUUGUGGAUGUAACUUCAAACACCGGAAACCAGUCUGGCUCGACAACCACCUCCGAAGAAUCCAAUGCUUCCUCAGACCCAGUUGUUGAAGAAUCUUCAAAUACCGCCGUUGAUUCAGGUAACCAGUCUGGCUCGACAACAACCACAACGACAACCACCUCUGAAGAAUCCAAUACUUCCUCGAAUCCUGUUGUGGAUGUAACUUCAAACACAGGAAACCAGUCUGGCUCGACAACUACUACCACAACAACCACCUCCGAAGAAUCUAAUGCUUCCUCAGACCCAGUUGUUGAAGAAUCUUCAAGUACCGCCGUUGAUUCAGGUAACCAGUCUGGCUCGACAACAACCACAACGACAACCACCUCUGAAGAAUCCAAUGCUUCCUCGGAUCCUGUUGUGGAUGUAACUUCAAACACCGGAAACCAGUCUGGCUCGACAACAACUUCGACGACAACCACCUCUGAAGAAUCCAAUGCUUCCUCAGACCCAGUUGUUGAAGAAUCUUCAAAUACCGCCGUUGAUUCAGGUAACCAGUCUGGCUCGACAACAACCACAACGACAACCACCUCUGAAGAAUCCAAUGCUUCCUCGGAUGCUGUUGUGGAUGUAACUUCCAACACCGGAAACCAGUCUGGCUCGACAACAACUUCGACGACAACCACCUCCGAAGAAUCCAAUGCUUCAUCAGACCCUGUUGUUGAAGAAUCUUCAAAUACCGCCGUUGAUUCAAGUAACCAGUCUGGCUCGACAACAACCACAACGACAACCACCUCUGAAGAAUCCAAUGCUUCUUCGGAUCCUGUUGUGGAUGUAACUUCAAACACAGGAAACCAGUCUGGCUCGACAACUACUUCCACAACAACCACCUCCGAAGAAUCCAAUGCUUCAUCAGACCCAAUUGUUGAAGAAUCUUCAAAUACCGCCGUUGAUUCAGGUAACCAGUCUGGCUCGACAACAACCACAACGACAACCACCUCUGAAGAAUCCAAUGCUUCCUCGGAUCCUGUUGUGGAUGUAACUUCAAACACCGGAAACCAGUCUGGCUCGACAACAACUUCGACGACAACCACCUCCGAAGAAUCCAAUGCUUCCUCAGACCCAAUUGUUGAAGAAUCUUCAAAUACCGCCGUUGAUUCAGGUAACCAGUCUGGCUCGACAACUACUACCACGACAAUCACCUCUGAAGAAUCCAAUGCUUCCUCGGAUCCUGUUGUGGAUGUAACUUCAAACACCGGAAACCAGUCUGGCUCUACAACAACCACAACGACAACCACCUCUGAAGACUCCGAAGAAUCCAAUGCUUCCUCAGACCCAGUUGUUGAAGAAUCUUCAAAUACCGCCGUUGAUUCAGGUAACCAGUCUGGCUCGACAACAACCACAACGACAACCACCUCUGAAGAAUCCAAUACUUCCUCGAAUCCUGUUGUGGAUGUAACUUCAAACACAGGAAACCAGUCUGGCUCGACAACUACUACCACAACAACCACCUCCGAAGAAUCCAAUGCUUCCUCAGACCCAGUCGUUGAAGAAUCUUCAAAUACCGCCGUUGAUUCAGGUAACCAGUCUGGCUCGACAACAACCACAACGACAACCACCUCUGAAGAAUCCAAUGCUUCCUCGGAUCCUGUUGUGGAUGUAACUUCAAACACCGGAAACCAGUCUGGCUCGACAACAACUUCGACGACAACCACCUCCGUAGAAUCCAAUGCUUCAUCAGACCCUGUUGUUGAAGAAUCUUCAAAUACCGCCGUUGAUUCAAGUAACCAGUCUGGCUCGACAACAACCACAACGACAACCACCUCUGAAGAAUCCAAUGCUUCCACGGAUCCUGUUGUGGAUGUAACUUCAAACACAGGAAACCAGUCUGGCUCGACAACUACUUCCACAACAACCACCUCCGAAGAAUCUAAUGCUUCCUCAGACCCAGUUGUUGAAGAAUCUUCAAAUACCGCCGUUGAUUCAGGUAACCAGUCUGGCUCGACAACAACCACAACGACAACCACCUCUGAAGAAUCCAAUGCUUCCACGGAUCCUGUUGUGGAUGUAACUUCAAACACAGGAAACCAGUCUGGAAACCAGUCUGGCUCGACAACAACUUCGACGACAACCACCUCCGAAGAAUCCAAUGCUUCAUCAGACCCAAUUGUUGAAGAAUCUUCAAAUACCGCCGUUGAUUCAGGUAACCAGUCUGGCUCGACAACUACUACCACGACAACCACCUCUGAAGAAUCCAAUGCUUCCUCGGAUCCUGUUGUGGAUGUAACUUCAAACACCGGAAACCAGUCUGGUUCGACAACAACCACAACGACAACCACCUCUGAAGAAUCCAAUGCUUCCUCGGAUCCUGUUGUGGAUGUAACUUCAAACACCGGAAACCAGUCUGGCUCGACAACCACCUCCGAAGAAUCCAAUGCUUCCUCAGACCCAGUUGUUGAAGAAUCUUCAAAUACCGCCGUUAAUUCAGGUAACCAAUCUGGCUCGACAACAACCACAACGACAACCACCUCUGAAGAAUCCAAUACAUCCUCGAAUCCUGUUGUGGAUGUAACUUCAAACACAGGAAACCAGUCUGGCUCGACAACUACUACCACAACAACCACCUCCGAAGAAUCUAAUGCUUCCUCAGACCCAGUCGUUGAAGAAUCUUCAAAUACCGCCGUUGAUUCAGGUAACCAGUCUGGCUCGACAACAACCACAACGACAACCACCUCUGAAGAAUCCAAUGCUUCCUCGGAUCCUGUUGUGGAUGUAACUUCAAGCACAGGAAACCAGUCUGGCUCGACAACAACUUCGACGACAACCACCUCCGAAGAAUCCAAUGCUUCAUCAGACCCAAUUGUUGAAGAAUCUUCAAAUACCGCCGUUGAUUCAGGUAACCAGUCUGGCUCGACAACUACUACCACGACAACCACCUCUGAAGAAUCCAAUGCUUCCUCGGAUCCUGUUGUGGAUGUAACUUCAAACACAGGAAACCAGUCUGGCUCGACAACAACCACAACGACAACCACCUCUGAAGAAUCCAAUGCUUCCUCAGACCCAGUUGUUGAAGAAUCUUCAAAUACCGCCGUUGAUUCAGGUAACCAGUCUGGCUCGACAACUACUUCCACGACAACCACCUCUGAAGAAUCCAAUGCUUCCUCGGAUCCUGUUGUGGAUGUAACUUCAAACACCGGAAACCAGUCUGGCUCGACAACAACCACAACGACAACCACCUCUGAAGAAUCCAAUGCUUCCUCGGAUCCUGUUGUAGAUGUAACUUCAAACACCGGAAACCAGUCUGGCUCGACAAAAACUUCGACGACAACCAUCUCCGUAGAAUCCAAUGCUUCUUCAGACCCAAUUGUUGAAGAAUCUUCAAAUACCGCCGUUGAUUCAGGUAACCAGUCUGGCUCGACAACAACCACAACGACAACCACCUCUGAAGAAUCCAAUGCUUCUUCGGAUCCUGUUGUGGAUGUAACUUCAAACACAGGAAACCAGUCUGGCUCGACAACAACCACAACGACAACCACCUCUGAAGAAUCCAAUGCUUCCUCGGAUCCUGUUGUGGAUGUAACUUCAAACACCGGAAACCAGUCUGGCUCGACAACCACCUCUGAAGAAUCCAAUGCUUCCUCAGACCCAGUUGUUGAAGAAUCUUCAAAUACCGCCGUUGAUUCAGGUAACCAGUCUGGCUCGACAACUACUACCACGACAACCACCUCCGAAGAAUCCAAUGCUUCCUCAGACCCAGUUGUUGAAGAAUCUGCAAAUACCGCCGUUGAUUCAGGUAACCAGUCUGGCUCGACAACUACUACCACGACAACCACCUCUGGCGAAUCCAAUGCUUCCUCGGAUCCUGUUGUGGAUGUAACUUCAAACACCGGAAACCAGUCUGGCUCGACAACAACCACAACGACAACCACCUCUGAAGAAUCCAAUGCUUCCUCGGAUCCUGUUGUAGAUGUAACUUCAAACACCGGAAACCAGUCUGGCUCGACGGUAACCACAACGACAACCACCUCUGAAGAAUCCAAUGCUUCUUCGGAUCCUGUUGUGGAUGUAACUUCAAACUCCGGAAACCAAUCUGGUUCGACAACAACCACAACGGCAACCACCUCUGAAGAAUCGAAUGUGUCCUCAGGCCCAGUUGUUGAAGAAUCUGCAAACACUUCAGUUGAUUCCGGAAACCAAUCUGGUUCGACGGCAACCACAACGACAACAACCUCUGAAGAAUCCAAUGCUUCCUCGGAUCCUGUUGUGGAUGUAACUUCAAACACCGGAAACCAGUCUGGCUCGACAACUACUACCACGACAACCACCUCGGAAGAAUCCAAUGCUUCCUCAGACCCAGUUGUAGAAGAAUCUGCAAAUACCGCCGUUGAUUCAGGUAACCAGUCUGGCUCGACAGCAACCACAACGACAACCACCUCUGAAGAAUCCAAUGCUUCCUCUGAUCCUGUUGUGGAUGUAACUUCAAACAGCGGAAAUCAUUCUGCCUUGACAACUACUACCACGACAACCACCUCCGAAGGAUCCAAUGCUUCCUCAGACCCAGUUGUUGAAGAAUCUUCAAAUACCGUUGUUGAUUCAGGUAACCAGUCUGGCUCGACAGCAACCACAACGACAACUACUUCGGAACAAUCUAAUGCUUCCUCAGACCCAGUUGUUGAAGGAUCUUCAAAUUCUGCCGUUAAUUCCGGAUUCCAAUCUGGCUCGACAACAACAACCUCCGAGCAAUCUAAUGCGUCCUCAGCGCCUGUUUCGGAAGUAACCUCAAACAACGGCCAUCAAUCUGGCUCGACAAAAACCACAACGACAAUAAUCUCUAAAGAAAUAUCAAAUUCUGUUAAUUCCGGCAAAACUCAACAGUCUGGUUCCACAACUACCUCAACGACAACAACCACUUCCAGUUCAGGUGGCAUUGUUGGCGGCCACUCGCAACCAUCUAACAUUGAUUCAGGCUCAACCGUUUCUGGGGGAUCUUCAAAAACUAGUUCUUCAUCUUCAACCAUAAAAAGAGGCUCUCGUUCUACAACAACUACAACAACUGUUGUUAAAGGAAGACCACAGUCUGGUAAUGAUAAGUCGAGCUCUAGUACCGUUGUAAAUCCAGGUGGUUCUCAGUCGUCCGCUACGUCGAAGACUUGGUCUAGUUCAUCAACUAAGACUACGAGUCCGACUAUCCAAGUGAUUAGAAAUGGCGGCAGCCAUAGUGGUACCAAUACUGGAACUCAUACAUCGCACACUUGGACGAAACAUUCCAGCUCAACCAAUGGCAAUACUUACCAACAAGGUGUUCCCGGUGUUAUUGGUAAGGUGAUUCGGAGGGCUCAAGUAACCCUACCUUAUGAAGCAAAUGCUAGGAAUGCCCGACGUACAGGAACCACAUCGUGGUCUCGUCAAACUAGGACUACAACAACAGAUGGAAGUGAUAGCUCUGACUUGAAUACUGGAAACACUGGAGUCAGAUAUAGCUCAGCUGGUACGACUGGAACUCAGUAUGGAGGCAGCGCUUAUCCAUACUGGUGGGGUUCCCAAGGAUGGAUGGCACCAACAUGGGGAUAUCCAUAUGGAUCUGGAUGGGGUGCUGCCGCAUGGAAUGGUCGUUAUUUAACGAAUUAAAUAUCAUUUACGACAACUGUCAUACUUGUAACUUGUGUAACAGUUAUGUACGAUCAGUAUGACAGUUCUGUUCCUUAACGAUUGUAAAAUAUAUAUGCAUACAAUAUA